AUGCCUCCAAGAUUGAAAGCUCACUUCUCCCAGGUGGAGAAGACAGAGCUAGCAACCCAACGUUGCAAGAAAGUCCCCCGGGCUACGCGUAGCACAGCUGGGACCAAUGAUACCCUACCAGAAGCAACUGAACUGGCAUCAGCUUUGACUCAACAAGCCGUUUGUUUUGCCAAGGAGGAUGGUGCCAAAGUCCUGGUUGAUACGGACAGAUCUGGUGCAGAGGGCAGAGGAGAAGGUGCUGGCGGAGAUGACAAGUCUGACAGUGAAGGCAAAGGCAAGGACAAGGGCUCUGGCAAGGGACCAAAUGUUAGCAAACCCAGUCGCAAGCCAGCUAAAGGUCGCAAGGGUUGUGCUGCGGGCUCCGCUGGCUACUCAAAGGCCAAAGAGUGGUUGAUUGUUGAAGGCAUGCAGAAGUACCUUCCGCGCAGCAAGACCAGCUGGAGGAAGGUUGCAAGAUACUACAAUUGCCGCGUAGACAAGAAACGCCAGCGCAAAUGGGAACUUAUCAAGAACAAAUAUGGUCGAAUGGUAAAGAAGAAGAAACCUACCGGCAAUGGCAAAGGCUUGAAGAUUCACAAUGCCAUCCUUGGCAUCAAAGAUUUGCACAUUGCCCAGGAAGAGAUUGGCAAUAUAGACAACAAUGAAUGGUUGGAAUUGGGCGCCAAUGAAGCUCUUGACAAGCCGCCGCUGAAGAAGCCUUGUAUCAAAAUUGAGGCAACCUCUGUCCCUGUCUCUGGGCCCGCGCCUGCUCCUUUCCGUUGGCCUAAACCCACUCCGUCAAAACUGGCUCCUAAGCACCAGGAGCCAGAGAUCCUUAUUCUUUCAUUGACCAACAACAACGCCUCCCCUCAGACAACGCCCGCCAAGCAUAAACCCCACCCAGGCGUGAAGGCCAAGCCCGGCAAUACCUACUACACUGCUAAAGCGCCACAGCCUACCAAGGUCAAAGCAAAUACAGGUAAACGGCACAGAAACGCACAAACCUUGGUCAAAGACCUGACCAACACCCUCAAGAACGCGGCUCAAUAUAACAACGCCAAAGACGCCGGAGUUGCCAAAGUCAAGCUCUUUGGUUGCAACGUAUCCAAAGAGCAACUUGAGAGGGACCUUGCCGCGUCUCAGGAACAAUGUCACCAGCUAGAGCGCCAGUUAGAUACCGUGGUUGUAGCCAUGACCAUGUUUGGUAUUCAGGUGCCUGCUGCCAACCAGGCAAAUGGACCGGGCCUUGGCCUUGCUCUUCUUGAGUUCCUACAGUCUCAUCUUCCCGCCGUGGCUUCUCCUGCCGCCGUUCUUGCUGCUGCCGCUCCCACCGCCGUUGCUACUGCUCAUGCCGCUGUUCCCGUCACCGUUUGCAAUGCCAUUCCUGCCGCCGUUCCUGCUGCUGGUCUUCCCACCAUUUGCGCCGCCGCUCCGCUGCGGUUCCCGUCCCUGCUCCCACCGUUGUUCCUGCUGCCACUCCUGUUGUUGCCCCUAUCCCAACCAAAGACUCCGGCAACAAUAUUGAAUUCAAUCCUGCCCUCUACAAGCCCCAGGGAUUUGCGGCAAGUGCUGCCUUGGGCUCCAACUUGA